CCCACCAAGAACACCAUUUGGUUUCCCCAGCUGGGUCUCUAUUUAGGUAUACUCCACUGACUUCCAGUGUCUGGCCAGUUUCUGGUCACUGACUUUCCUCAGGUGGGCAGGUUUGGGGAAAAGAAGAAGUUUGGAUCUGGAAUCUCAUCUUUAGGCAGCCCAGCUGACAAGGGACAGUUUUGGCUGCUGGGCAGAACUGAUUUGCUGGAAAAGUCAGGGCUCUCUCUCAUUGCUGGGGAGGCCUGAAGAGCAAGCGGCAGAACUCACAGGGAGUGGAAGAUGGGCAGUAAUGACAGAAAGCAUAAGCAUGAAAAGAAGUUUUAAAACUACAGGUCCUAAAACCCAGCAAGAGAGAAAAAAUCCCACUCUGCAACUGCAUUGGAUCAACGGGAAGCUCUAAUUUUGUGGGGAAAGGGCUACAUUUAACCCCCCCAGAAUCAUUACCUAGAGGUGCUCAUUGACUGAGCAGGGACAGGCUUCCUAGCCAUCAGACAAUGCAAGGGAACAAGAAGUACAUGGAUGGGUUCAGUGACUCGUCGAGCAUUGGCAGUGUGCUGGAUGAUGCAGACAGGGAGGUGAGUAGCCUCACGGACCGGGCAUUUCGGAGUUUGUGCAUCUCAGAAGAUACAUCUUUCAGUGACUCUGACCUGGCCCUGUCCCCAGAUAUCAGCCGCCAGGUGUUUGGGAAUUUUCACCAGGGAACAGUGAGCCACACCCACAGAAAAAGUGGCAUUUGGAGCCAGUUACCAUCACAAGGCACAGAGCAUGCAGGCUGGGCAGCCACGUUCCAACAGCUACCUAAAUAUGUACAAGGCGAGGAAAAGUAUCCCAAAAGCAGCCCCACACUGACACCAGCCCAGAGAAGGCUGGAGGUGCCCAUUUCUGGACUGAGGAACAGCAACAAGCCUAUUUCCAAAGUGUCCUCAUUAAUUAAAUCUUUUGACAGGACUGAGAGCCAACAAUGUAAUAGCAGGCCUCCUACCAACAAGCCUCCAACUAUCAAAAAUCCCCCCCAAUUUGCUCCUCUUCCAGAGAGUGGUGUCAACUUCUGCUUUGAUUCUGCCUUUUUGACUGUGAGAAGGGUACCUGCAGAAGUCUCCAGCACCCAUCAGAAUAGCCACCAGCCCUGUAGAAAGCAUGGAGGGCAGGGGUCCCCCAAAAGUCCUGAAAUGGCCUGUCAGGGCUCUAGUAGCUUCCUCCCAACACCUGAAAACAUAGAUAACUCAUUGGAGUCCAAGUUCCCCUCUCCACCUCAGAAACCAGUCAUGGGAGAACCUGGAAGAAGCAAGGAGUGGACUCGCAAAGGCACUUUCCUUCACAGUGAAAACAGUGCUUUCAAGUCAUGGAGCACCCACCAACCAAGGCUGCUGGAGAGAAAGGAUCCUACUGAGGCUAUCCCUGCAAACAAAUCACCCAAACAUUAUGAGGACACACCCUUGUUAAGAGAGUCCCAGGCCCCUGAGCACAAAGUCUCUCCCUGCCAACUCCAUGCUGACUGUGGUCAAGAAAAGAACAGGCUGACAGCAGGAGCUCUCUCUACAUCUGAACCCUGGAGAUCUAGGGACCCAGGAGUUCAAGCAUUCCUUAUGGAAGAAAAAGCUUCCAACUCAAAACCUGACCAGGUGAAGUCAACCCAGCCUCCAUGGAGAAAACCAAAGACUCUCAAAGGAGGGAAAGAAGGUGCACAAGAUGCUUCAGAAGAGAAGCAGAACAACAGGAGAGGCCCAGCCUUGUAUACAAAGCACAACCCCCAAGGGCAAUUUCCAGAAAAUGAUGUUCUUGACAAUGCUGUGGACCCCAAUGACUGUUACAAUCCUCCUUUUAACAUCAGUAAGCUUCUGACCCCUAUCAUAUCCACCAAACAUGUCCUGGAUUCAUCCAACAGCCCACCAGUGGAGAUAAUCCCAUUACCCCCAGGGCAACAGAAUGGAUAUCAAGAGAAGGAGCCCAGUGAGUGUCCCACUCAGGAUAGCUACAAAUCCAAAGCCCCUAGCCUGCUGUUCAACCUCAAGGAUGUGCGUAAGCGUGUUAAGAGCACAUACAGCAGUCCCUCACCUCUCUUAAAAGGCCUCGAUGAGAAAACCAGAGACAAGCAAGAACCUGUGAUCAAUGGCAUUCUUCCCAAUGGGCUUGAGGAAAGCUCCCCACAGGAGCUUUCUAAGGAGAGACCAGCUGACCCUUCUCUAGUGAACGUCAGUACCCAGAAGGACCCUAAAACUGAUCCUGAUGGAACCUCUGUAGACAAUUAUCUAACCCUUAGCUCACCUCCAGCUAUCACCAAAGCCCCCUUCUGUGUCGAUGGGGAGGCUGCCAACCAGGACAGCUAUGAGAAGGAUGCCAUCAAAGAUGAUUCAGAUUUGGGUGCUGCCAGGUCCAGCUGGUGUCCAGACUCCAGGGAACACUGCCUGUCCCUGAAGCUUUGCAGCAGAGAGCCUGAGGUAGAGAGGCCUGAGGAGCAACUGAAGACUGCCAGCCUAGAGAAUGGGUUUUCAAGGUCUGUCUCUCAAGAGACAGAAUCUGAGAGAGAGGAAGGACUUCGAAAUCCAAAUUUCAGCCAGAAAUUCUCCCCAGGGCCCCUUUCUCCUGAGGAGGAAGAUGUGUUUUACAGUGACAGCCAGUCUGAUUUUAUUCCAGGCUUGAAAAGUAAGGCCAAAUUCAGCACCAGCUCUUCAGAUCAGUCCUUUGCCUCAUUUGAGGAUCAGCAAAAAAUGUGGUUUACCGAGAGCCAGUGGGAAGACAGGAGGAAUGAUAUGAGUACAAGUGACAGUCAGAAGGAUGAGAAAGAGAAAGUGCUGGGCAAAGAUGAGCUACAGUACUGUGCCCUCAGUAAUAGGCAAACAUGCAUGGAGGAGCAGAGCAAGGAAGGUGCAUUGCAAGGAGAGGAGGAAAGUGUGUCAGGAGGGAGAUCCAGGAAGCUAUUGAGGGAGGAAGCUAGUUUCAGAGGCACUUGGAUUGGGGGAAGUAAAGAUGCAGCCCUCUCAUAUCCCAAAGACCUUAUCCCCUCACCAUCUUCCACUUUAAACAAGCACAUACUGUUUGCAAUCAAAGACAACACCCUCAGGGCUACCCCUGUGAUAAAACCUAUCAUGCUGCCCCUUCUGAGGACCUUGUCCUCAGAGGAACCACUGGGCAGUGGUCACAAAGAAGAGGAAUUGUCAAGGCCAGGCUUGGGAGAUGAUGCUGGUCUUUGUGCCCCCAGGAGCCAGGAAAUGUCCAGCACCCUGACACCCACUGUCUGCAUGAAGGGCCCACACUUAAAGCGUGUGGCCUACAAGGGCACAGAGGAAAACAGGUGGGUGUCCAGUGUGGCCAGGAAGGAGACAAAGGGAAAUGCCUCAUCUAUUCUACUUGCAGCAGAGGGUGAAGGACUGAAGCCACCCCCAGAUACCACAUGGAAAGUUGUGGUGAUUGAUGGCAAGAGCAAUUCCACAAACCAGGGGAAGCUGGAGGCUCCAAGGUGCAUCCCCAUGAUCUCUUUGCCUGAAAGUGACUUACAAGACCAGCCACCCCCACAGCAGCUGGGGACCUCUUGGGAAGAACAGACACAAGAUUUCAAAGGCCACUUUUUGUCUACACCCAAAGCAGGUCCCCCAGGGAAAAGACUGGCCCCUGGUGAGAUGGCAACUUCCCCCAACACCAGCUCUCUAGAGGAGAGCAGCACAUACUCCCCUGCCACCAGCAGUGUUUGGGAUGAUGCUUCCCAGGACCCCAGUGAACUGGGCCUGAUGCCAGGGGAGUCUUCCCGUGCCAGCCCCUGGGCCAACCGCAGCUCUGCCAGGGUUGCCCACAGGGAGGACCUGACACAUGCUUUCACAUGGAAAGUAAGUUCCGACCCUCAGAUUGAGCCAUCAGCAGAAAACCUCAGGACACUCUCUCCUAGAGGUUCAUUGCUAGACUCAGCCACCAGCUCAGCAGUCUUCCUUGAAAAAGCAGAGCCUUCUGCUCACCUAGAAAGAAUGGCAACCAAGCCACCAGCAGUCCCACCCAAAACAGAAAAGGCCCUGAGGAGGGCAAAGAAGCUGGCAAGCAAGAGGAGAAAGACUGACCAGCCACAGGAAAUGCAUGGCAAACCCCAGGAGGAAAAGCCCUGCCUGGAAGAUUCAGAGCACAGGCCCUGGUCCCCUGGAGAGAGGCUACUGCCCAGGUUCCCUGUGAUCCGUGCCCUGCCCCCUUCUCUGCACCGACACUCAGUGUCCACUUUCUCAGAGCCAGUUGGGAGGCAGCCUGGGGAGCCCCAGUCCUUCAUGCCCCUACUUCCUUACCCUGCCAGCCAGAAGGUCCUCCAAGACCCCCAAUCCGGAGAGUACUUUGUCUUCGAUCUGCCACUUCAGGUGAAAAUCAAAACCUUCUAUGACCCAGAGACAGGCAAAUAUAUCAAGGUUCCCAUCCCAUCUUCUGAGGAGGGGUCCCCCGAGUCACCCCUGCCGGAUGUGCUUACUACCCCCUACAUACUGUACCCCAGAAUCCGACCCCUGCCUGCAACUGCCUGGAUGCCACUGCGCUGCUCCUCUCAGCUCUCUGCCCCCACCUUCCUUAGGCAGGGUCCUGGUACCUCUGACGCAGACUGCCCUGGGCCCCAGACUACCCACAAUGCUGACCCUCAGCCAACCCCUGGGCCUCGUGGCAACCUCACCCAGCGCACUCCAGGCCAGGCUGCCAGUGAGCCUCCCCAGAUGCCAGGGGAGGAAGGGGCAGAUGCUGUAAGCCUGGGCAUCAUCUCUACCAAUGAUCUAGAGGACUUUGCCACAGAAGGAAUUUCUUGAGAAUUACAGCAGACUAACACCUCCACAAUAAACCCAGAAAAGCUUAGUUCCCCCUCCCCCAGAACAAUCAAUUGCUAUGCUCACAUACACACACCACAUACUUAGCAUUUAAGAUCCUUAAAGCCUCAAAGGAAGUGAAGAUCCUGACAACAUGCCACCUCAAGGGCACCCCUACAACUCCCCUCCCUGGAAGGGCACUGCUGGCAUGACCUGGACCUUCCAAGCCCCUUCCUGGCCUCCAGAUCUGCUCCACUCCUUUUCCCUUCUCUUCCUUUCCUCCCUGUCUUUCUCCUCUGGCCCUGCCAUUAAGGUGGAUCCAUCCUGACUCAUCAGGGUUAUGCAGCUCCAACACCUGGCCCACUCCUUCUCAAAGGCAGGCUAAGGCCCCCAGAAACACUGCGCUGAACCCUGCAGGUCAAACAGACUACCCAGCACAACCCCUCGGGGUCAGACAUGGCACCAAGGAUGACUUCACCCUAUUACUCUGAGAUAACAGCCAUUACCAACUCAGCUCAAGUGGAAGUGGCUGAGGACUGACAUAAGGCAAUAUGGCAGAAAUGUUAUCUGAAAGAAUGGGUUUUCUCUACUGAGAAAACUUUCCCCUGAAAGCUGUUUCCUGAUAAAGAAAAGGCUACCUUUUAAAAAGUGAAACAAGUUUAUAGACGUGAUUCUAUCACUGGACUUCUGUCUCUUCUGUGGAUAGUGAUGGGUCUCAGCUGGUGAAUAAAGGGUCACAUGCCCUCCAGAGCUUCCAUCUUGGCCUGCAGGCCAUGCAGAAUCUUCACAUAUAAACAGAUCAGCAGCUCUGGCAUCCCCUGCAGUCCCAGUGACCUUCCUUGACCCUUCCACCCCUGCCCAUGCCUUCUUGGGGCCAGGAUCUCCACUGCUGCUAGGAGGCAAAGAUGAGAAGGACCCAAGACAGCCAUUGAGGAUAACCUGGUACUUGAGUCAGGCCUUGGUUAUGCCAAUUUGGUGACCAAUAGCUAUGUUCUAUGCUCAAAGGGAGUUGCAUUUGGGAAUUUGGAGGAAAGUGUCUGAAUCAACUCAAGAGAACAAAGUAUAAUAACUAUCUCUGCACCUCCAAGAGCAGUGCAGGUGUGUGAGGAGAGGCCCACUGUGAGCAACCAUUCUGGGAAGGAAGAUAGGCCAGUCCUCAUGCCUUGUCACUGGGGGCUUCCUCUGAAGCCCCAUCAUUCUUGUGAUUUGGGAGAGAUAGGGACAAAAGCGCCUUCUUUUUUGUUUAAAAGGGCAGCUGUGGAUGGGACCACACAAACUGUGUUGUCCUUGAGUGGGUUUGGGGCUUUGUUUCAGUUUGGUUUGGUCUUUGGAGAGGGGCUGUUUUGCACAGAUGCUGUUUCCAGGCUGGGAAGAUGGAGAGGCACCCAGCUCAGCAAGUCCCUGAACCACACAAACACAAGCACUUGAGCAUUUUCCAAGUUUGUGAUUUGGAUUAAGGAUUUUAUACCUGUUUCUUAUCUCAACAAGUGUGGUCACACCUUAAUUUCAUUGUGAAAAUACCACACAAAUCCCCUGGCCUGGUGCCAUAAGCUCUGUCUACACCUGAUGAGUCAGCUAAAUGAUGAGUCAGAGCACAGGUAGACAUGCCAUUGCCCGUGAAGCCUGGAUCCGACAAGUCACACCCACGCAUCAGGGUGCAAAUAAAGAGAACAAAGUUGUUAUCGCAGCUCCGCCACCAAAUCGCCAAGUGUCCUCUUUGCCUGUUUUCAUCUUACUUAAAUAAGAAAAGUAAUAUCUCAUUUUAAAAUUCUCAAGGUCAAAGAAGAUAAUUUCUUUGACAAAAGAAAUAUCCCUCAGUUAAAAAUAACCAUGUCCCCACAAGGCAAAAUACACUUUACAUAAGGGAAACUUACACUUGAGGAAGCAGUAAUCUUCUGUCUUAAGAGCAAUGUGAGCAAGGCUAUUGAUGGAACUGAAAACAUAAAGGUAGGCAUUUGAAAAUCAAGGUCAACUUCUCAAUUCUCUUAACCCCUGUGGAUGCAAAAGAGGAGAAGGGCAUCUGGUGGAAUGCAACAUCUAUUCGUAUCAGGAAGUAAGGACACCUGGCUCCCCAAUAAGACAGCUAAAAGGAAGGUCUCUCACUUAUGGUGAAGUGUUAUGUCUCUACAUUCCUAAGAAGCAGAUAAUUUUACCUUCAGGGGACAAAAGUCAGUGGAGACCAACUUAUUUGCAAAUAAUCCUCUCUUCUUUCUCUUACAAGCAUUUUCAGAGUCCCUGAUCUGUGCCAGGCACUUUACCAGGCACUGAAGAUAUACCAUGAUAAUAAGACCUGGUCUCUGCACCCAGGGAAUUAAAAUCUAACAAAGAAGAAAAUCCAUUACAGUCCCAUGUGGUAAGUCAUUUAAUAGGCUGGUCUAAGAAGCACAUAAUACAGCCUGGAAGGAAAGGGGGCUUUGUACGGCAGAUGGUACCAAAGAUGAGUUAGGAAACACAAAGAAGUGAAUCAGCUUAUGAAGAAACCAGAAGUGCCCCAGCUUUAAUCUAUGUAUCAAAAAUUAUGACAUUUGGUAAAUACUAAUAGAUUGUCUUACCAUAUCAAAGUGUAUCAGUUUAGCUAGAUUUUUUAGCAUUUCUAAUCAGCACAAAAAUGAAGCCAGUGUAACCUCUCAGGAUAGACCUUUAUUGAUAUGUCCCUUAGCUUCUGAAUUAAUAGUGCCUAGAAAAAUCAGCACUUCUACCAUUGUGCUCAAUAAGGUAGUGGUGAGAACUGUGAAAAUAUUGUUUGUGGAAAUUGUAGGUCAAAGCCAUGCAUCUUCUGUUUAGUGUACUAACCCUUUACUAUGUUAUAACUCUUCCAAAUAUCUCCUGGAGCGGGGCACGUAAACAGAGUAUCCCAGGGUAAUGAUCAAAGGUACUGGGGCUCUUCAGUGGGAAAUGACCAAGAGGUCACCACUGAGCAGGGUGUUUUGAGCCUGGCCUCUGUCCUCACAACAACCCUAUGGGAGGUGCUCUCUUUAGCCUCAUAUUAUCCCAAGGUCACACAGUCACUAAGUGAGGGGCCAAGCUAGGAACUCAGGCCUCCCUCACUAUUGGAUACUCCUAACCCUCAGCCCAGGCUUUUGUAAGUGUGGUUCAUGAACCAAUGGCCUUCACAUUACCAGGGACCUUGUUAGAGAACCAGAAUUUCAAUCUGCAUUUUCACAAGAUUCUCCAGUAACUCAUCUGCACAUUAAACUUUGAGAAGUGCUAGUAGCCUGUUUGGCCUAGAAAGUAAAGGAUUUAGGGGAGGUGCAUUCAUGUCUUUAUGUGUCUACAACAUUGCCAUGGGCAAGAAAAGAGACACACAUCUGAGUGGUAGAGUCACACUCACUGUAAGAAAGGCAUUUCUAAUGACCACAACUGUCUCCACAUGGUGAUAAUGGCCUGGGAAAGCUAAGCUCCCCAUCACUGGAAAGGUGCAAUAGAAACUGAUGACCCUUUUCCUAAGACGUCAAAGGGGCCUAACUACAUCUUUUUAGACCUUAGUCUACAUGUAGUGCUCUUCUAUGCCAAUGUCAUGGAUCCAAAAGUCUAAACAAGGAAGACCCAUGAGUGAAACAUGAGUAACACAUUUGCUUAUAAAAGAGGAGCUCUGGGAAAAUCUGAAUUGUAUUCAUGUCAAAAGCAUUUUGGCCCAGAUCACACCAUGAUAUUAGACACCAUUGUCUUGUGUGGACCUUCCACACUAUUCACAUAUAAAGUACAAGGUGAGCAGGGAAAGCUGCAGACCACAUCACCAGAGCCUGUUACCACCUGCUUACAUGUCUUCAGUAGCACCCCAGCAGAGCCAUCUAAGCAGAGUUUCUCCCUGUCAUGAGGACUCUGGGUGGGUCCAGGAUGAGACCUGAACCUGGUGGUGGUUCUCUCCCUCACAUCUCCUGACAAGAUGCCCAAGCUUACCUGGGUUUUACAAAUGCCUGGGCACUUGUUAACAAGACAGUCCAUGCCCUGCUUCUAAUUCACCUCAUCAGACCUUCCAAAUGUGGGGAAAGAGCAGCCAAAGAUAGGAAAGCUCCCCAGAGACUCUGAUCACCCAGAUUCAUAAACACCAUCCAUAGCAACUUGCCUGCACAUGGGCCCAACUCACAUGGCAAUACACUGCCCACACCCAGAGUUCUGCCCAGUAGAGGAAGAGCACAUCUGGGUUUGCCUGUGGACAGGGAGAAGGCAGAAGAGUCACCUUCUUCAGGUGGAAAGUUGUGAAUGAGAAAAAGCACAGACAGGCUUGAGGACUGCCCAGCAAGUCCGCCAGCCUUGCUCAGUAUCAGGCCCAGGCACAGCCUGAAGCUCUCAAAGGAGGCCAUGGACUGAUAUUUCUCACAUGGAGGAGGACGGACACUGUGCAGAAUAAGGCUCCCUUCUCACGUGGUAAAGCUAGUGCUCCAACUACGCAAGUAAGUGUUGAAGGACUAAAGAGCUACACCCGCCACCAUCUCCAACUAGAGCCAACCUUUCUGUGUUCAUUGUUUGUCCAAAUGAAGCUUAGUUUUUAAAAUAUUUUUACUGUUCCAGCAUCGUUUUCAAGCCCUAGAUCAUUCUAUCACACUGACACCAUUUUUCCAGGUCCUUCCAUGUCAUUGGUCUACCUCCUGGGUCCCAGCCCUGACUCCUAUCUCUCAUUUUCAUCCUUUCAGAGCUCAUAGGCAGGCGCUCCUUGCUCUCCUUUGAGCAGUCUCAUGCCCCUCAUAUUAAUGUCUCUCAGAUGACAUAGAUGGUGUAUUCUACAUCAGUCUAUAUUUUCCUCUGAAUAUAGAAAAUUUUAGGCUGAUGUGCUCUUUUUUAAUUUUUACAAACACUAGAUUACUUGAUCAGUCAUUCAAUAUUCUUAUACUUUCACCAGCCCAUUCUUCCCUACUGAUCAAAACUGAAAGUGUCAGCAAGCCAAGUAAAGAAUCAAGCAAAUGGUCUGCUAGCAAAGACUCACAACAAAUGUUGCCAUAAUUAGAGGCCCUGUCUCUGCCCUUCCUUGCACUGGUAGUCUGUUGUAUACCUGUGUUAGGAGUAUACCCAAAGGCCUUCCAUCUAACUAGGUGAUCCAAUGAAUGCACCUCCCCAGCUGUCUUGAUCUACAAGUUUACUAUAUCUCCACUGCCACAUGUGCUGAUCUCCCAGAAGGUAGAUACCUUAUGAUGGAAACCUUUUGACCAAUGUUCAACAUGACUAGUCAUUAGGGAAAUACAAAUAAAAACCACAAAGAGGUAUCACCUUAUAGCCAUUAGGAUGGCCACUAUUAAAAAC